AUGGAAACUUAUGUUGGAUACAUAAAAACACCUCAAGAUGCACUCUAUGUGUUUGAAGCGUGUAGAAAAGGCAAAUUAAAUAGAGUACAACGACGCCUUACUUCCAAAGAACGUAUCAACAUUCGCUCUGGUUCGGUUUUUGCCUGGGAUGAACGUGAAGCUGGCAUGAGACGCUGGACAGAUGGCCGCACAUGGUCCCCAAGCCGUGUCUUGGGUAGCUUCUUAACUUACAAAGAACUCGACACAAAACGAAGACCCCGUAGACCUUCUGUGCCCUUACCUGGUGGUGGCAAGCAAAUCACUUUUUCGUAUAAACAAAAUGGUCUUAUCAAACAAAGCUUUUCUAUCUGUACUGCAGCAAACCAAAAGAUUCACCUCAUCAGUUACUAUACAAAGGCAGAUAUCUUGUCGGGUCGUCUACAACGUCCAUCCCACGAUCCUUUGCUCAACUCAAUUGAUAUUCCAAAAGGUCUCUAUCCUGAACUCAACCCAUUAGAUAUCGGUGGUGGCCACCCAGCUUCCAUUCAUUCCAUACAGUACCAUCGUCACGAUUCAAUUGAUUCUUCAAGCAGUGAUAUCUCUACAUCUCACUUUAGUCCUCAUCUUAAACCCGUCAACUAUGUAUUACCUGCUCAAGACAUUGCUUGGGAACGAUUGCCAUCUACAGAAGAUAGACGUCAACUUAACGCUCUUCGUGACUUGGUGAGGAUCUAAAUAGAGCCAAAAAGAAAAAAGAUCCAGAAAAUUUAGACUCAAAAAUUUUGUUUCUAAAUUCUUCUCUUCAUUAUUAUUAUUAUUUUUAUUUAGUACAAAACUUACUCGUAUCACUUCUUAUUAUAGAGAAUGAAUAACUUCAUAUAUAUACAUACACACUUACAUCUCCUUAUUCUAUGCUACUUUUUUUUUUUUUGCUUUAUCAUUCACACCUUCCUUUCUAUAAUAUGUUAAUCAUGUCACUAAUAACAAAUAAAUAAAUAAAAUCUACAUGAUUUAAACUUUUAUGAUAAAAA